UUAUCCGUAGCACGUCGUAGUGACGUGUCAGACUGGGGUGUGUAAACAGCUUCGAGUUUACAACGAAAAAAAACUUAUUUUCAUUGUUUUAUUCACUUAUUUUCGUGCAAAAAUGCGUUCUGUACGUGAUUUUAAAUACGAUGUGAUAAGUUUAAUACGAUUUGUGAAGGAACGGCCGUGUUUGUGGGAUAAAACGUUGGAAAAUUAUAAAGAUCGGACGGAACGGAGGAGCGCUUGGGAAGAAAUAUUCAACUUGCUGGAUGACAGUUAUGAAGUUAUGACGGCUGAAGAGAAAAGGAUCACGGGCGAACUAAUUCUAAACAAAUGGACGAACAUAAGAGAUACAUUUAACAAAACAUUAAAAACUAGAAUGGGGAAACCGAAGAAGAAAUACGUAUUACACGACCACUUAGAAUUCUUAAAGAAAAUUAUACCGGACGCCGCGAAUGAAUGCCAGAGGGACCUGAGUUUAGAACCCUGUUAUAUGAAGCAAGAACCUGAAACAAGUUACACAAUAACUACUGAAAUAGUGCCUGAAACUUCAACUAAUUUUACCAUCAGUAAUGUGACUAGUUUUGGCAGUAAGAAAAGUACUUUUGACGCCGAUAAAGCAGAUGAUUCAGUCAGCGAAGUUAGCUAUAGUAGCACGAAACGUUCAAAGCGGGAUAUCGACACAAAAUCAACAGAUGUUAGUGAUUAUAAUUCCCGUAAAGGUAGGAAUAAAAAGAAAUCGAGCAGAUUGGUUUAUGAGGAUGACGAAUCUGUGUCUAGUCGAAAGAAAUCAAGAAAGAGUAGUUAUAAGGAUACAAAUGAUGAUUCCUCUGUAAUGGAUUCUAUUAAUGAUAUUAAUUUCGUUGAAGUCGACACUAGUUUUGCGAAUGAUCCGCGAAUUAUGAACGAAGAUGAGGCAUUUUUCGCGUCUUUAUUACCUACAGUUGUGAAGUAUAAUGAAAAUGAGAGGCUUGAGUUUAGGCUUGAAGUGCUUGGGGUCAUGAAGAAGUUAAGAGAUAAGAGGAAUUGGACUGCAGAUUAGUAGAUAUAUUUAUAUCCGAAUGGAAGAUUUAGAGAAGGAAGAAGAGAGGAGACCUUUGUAACACAAACAAGAGUUGCCAGUCUUUGAAAAUGGCAGUUUAGGCUGAUCCCACAUUAGGCAUGCGCGAUCCUCAGGCAUGUGAGUAGCGUGG